UCCACGCACGCGCGCGCACCCAGGGAGGACGCCACCUCCCUCCCGCCAGACAACAGACGAAGAGAAGAACGACAAGACGCUGAAAGAGGAGAAGAAGAAGCUGAGCGAGCAUGAAGAAGAGCAACCACGCAGGACCGGGCCCUGAGGACCCGGCCCACCUGGGCCCGCCGCAGCCGGACAAGUUUGGCUGGCUGAGGAAGUUCUGCGGCCGCGGGAUCUUCAGGGAACUUUGGAGGAGUCGCUACGUGGUCCUCAGAGGAGAACACUUGUUCAUAUCGGACAAGGAGGUGAGGGACGAGCGCAAGGCUCAGGAGGUUUUGGACCUGGCCGACUACGAGCGCUCCGAAGAACUGAGGAAGGCCAAGAGUCGCAGCAAGAAGAACCACAGCCGCUUCACGCUCAUAAGAUGCCGACGGCCCGGCAACGCAGUUCCCAACCUUCUCUUCCUGGCCGUCAGUCCCGAGGAGAAAGAGUCGUGGAUCAGCGCUCUCAAUGCCGCCAUCGUCAGGGCCAAGAACAGAGUUUUGGACCAGGUGAUCAUGGAGGGGGACGUGUUGGUGCAUCCCACCAGAGAUCGUGCAAAGAUCCCGCAAGGACGCCGUCUUCCCACCCGUGGACACCUCAUGACCGUGGCCUCCUCGUCCUGUCACGGCAUGCUGACCCUCGACCUGGUGGCCGAGGAGGAAGGUUUCUCCUCGGAAUGCGACGCCACCUCCUGGGAGAACGUGUUCCGCGCGGGCUCCUACGGGCAGGUGGCGGCGGCCGGAGGAGGCGGACGUCAGCGCUCGGGGACGGACGUGUCCAGACUACGGGUCCGAACCAAAGAACCCAACGUGAAGACGGGAAGUCUGCCCCGAGGAAGUGAGCGAUCCUGGGGGAAAUAUUCCCACCUGGAAGCCUCCAAGGUGCACAAGAGCCAGCAGCUACAGGUCCUCCACAACCAUUCCAGAACUCCUCAGCCCGGGAAGAGGACCAGCAUCGCGGGUCGGAGUCGAUGCGCCUCCAUGGAUGAAGUCCUCUCCUCCAGGCCGGCCAUGAUUCGCUCGGAGUUGCGUUGGGCUCUCGGCCGACGGCCCGCGGACGAGGAGGGCGGGGCCUCGGUGCAGCCCGUGGGUCAACUGCAGAGUCUCAUCGCGCAGAAGAUGCAACGAGCGCAGGAACUGCUGGAGGAAAUACGAUUGCAGGAGCUGCAGAAGGCCAAAGCGGAGCGAGAGAGAGGAGGAAGCUCAACAUUUGGGAAGGGGGUGGAGUCUCCACAUCUUCAUCACCUCAGGGGCGGAGACUCGCCUCAUUCCAGGUCAUCCUCGUCUCCUCGUAACCGCAGCGGCGACUCUCCUGGCCGCCGACGAAAGGACUCUCCGCGGCUGAGAGGUCGUGAAUCUCCACGUUCCAAAGCCCGCAAGAAUCGCUCCCGGGAUGUCGAUUCUCCUCGGUCCCGAGGCUCUCGCUCGCCCGCUCGUACCAGUGACCUUCCUUGCCCGACCGACUCGCCGCGCAACAAAACUUGCGACUGCACCUCGGAGGCGUCCAAUCCACUGGAAUCUCUACUACUCUCCCUCGACCCGGACAGCAGCACCGUGGAUUUGCCGGCAGAAUCGUCAUCGUCGCUCCACAGUGGCGACGAUUCGCCCUGUGCCAAUCACAACAAAUCCAAGAGCCUUUCCGAGUCGCCGGACGCCGGUCAGAACAAAACGCCUCAAAAAACGGCUAUGGAAGAGGAGGAGCUCCAGAAGCGGCGUGCGGAGGCUGAGCGCCUCCUGGUGGAGGCCAUGUGUUCCUGGCAGGAGGCGCAGGAAGUGCUGCAGGAGGUGAAGGAGCUGCAGAGCCACACGCUGCGACGCCAGCGCAGGAGGACCUACGAGAAGAUGACGCCCACCUCGCCAACCUCGCCUGAGGCCACAGGAGACGUCGACACGGGCGACGUGGCGACAUCGCCCGAGGACGAGUCUGAGUCGCCUUGAUCCAUACUUUUCCUUCUCAGGAAUUUUCCACUUUGAUUCCGCUUUGCAGGGCAUGUGUGCUCUUCAACCAGCACAACAUUUGACUCUAUGUGGUUACAUUUGACUACAUCUGACAACAUUACGUCAUGUGACUGCAUGCAACUGCACUUGACUGCGUCUGACUCCAGGUGGCUAAUUUGACUCCAUACUACUCCAUUUGACUCGUCUGAGUCCUUGUGAUUCAUUUGACGACUCCAAGUGACUCCACCGUACUCCAUUUGACUCAUCUGACUCCAUUUGAGUUUACAUGGCUCCAUUUCACUCCGUGUGACUCGACAUUAUUCCACCUGCCUCAACACGGCAACGUCAUCCAGGGAUGAGUGAGUCAGCUUACUCUCGACUCUUCCUCCUCAGGAAUUUUCCACUUUUCUUCCACUUGGGAGGACAUGUUUACUCUUUAAACAGCACGGAUAUUACCAGCAGAAGAAGGAAAAAAGUGUCAUCAGUCUGAUGACUCGCUGCUGCUGCACUUUUCAACAUGUUUUCAACUAUGACGACUUUUUUUUUCCCAAGCCAGCUUUUCUAGCGGAAAACAAGGAAGUGUUUCUGCCUGUGGCUUCCUGUGAAGUCUCACGUUUGUUGGAGCAUGAGCUUGAUACGAGCGUCUCAGACGUGACACAACCAGCAUUAAUAAGCAACAAAAUGACUUCCUAUUACAUUCAAUUGGUUGGUUUGUAUGAAACUUUCUGGGUGGACUUUUUCAAGUCACUGAGCAGAUUUUUUUUAUGCUACUCCAAUGAUGUCAUCAGCAAUAAUGUACUCAUCAGCAAUGAUGUCAUCAAAAAACUUUAAAACUUGAACUUCAGCCGGAAUUCUCAUGGAAAUUUUUUAAAGUCCAUUCAACGGCAAUAUAUAAAGUGACAAAAAAAUAAUAAUUUUAAUGUAAAAACCAGCACAAAAACAGAGGUGCCUCGAAGUACAAGCUAUCAUUCAGAUGAUUAUUACAUUUUUUUGCUCUGACUUGGGAAAGCAAACUCGAGAUACGAGUGCAGUCUGGUGGCAGUGAACUCGACUCACUUCACAACGCGCGGCAGCGGGGCAUACUGAAAAUUCAUUUUGACAGAAAAUAUAACAUUUGUCACAGGCAUACAUUUAUCCUCGACAAAAAUAUGACGAAUAUUGUAGUAUCCUAUCCGAGUCACCUCAAGUCGUCUGUUUGUGUCUGCAUGUGCUGCCUCCCGGUGGCCAAUGCGGGCACACCAGGAGGAGCAGCACAAGUAAUUGAAUUGCAGCAUGAAAUCAUGAAAUAAUUUCUAUUCAUUUCGGUGGGGAAAGAUGAGAUAAGAGUACGGUCAGAGAUUGAAUUAAACUUGUAUCUCAAGGCACCACUGCAAGUCAUUUUAUUUUAAAAAACAAUAAGUUAUCUUUAUACAAAUUUUGUUUUUUUUAAAUGUUCAUUGCACAGCAUUAUUUAACUUUUUAAUGUUAUUGUUUUAUUUGUUGUGUUCAUUUGGGAUGAAAUUUGACCUUUUCAGUGAUGCUACUUGUUUUUAUUGAUAUCGUCAUGAAUACAAUUGAGUGAAAAAAUAGUAAUUACAUGUUUUUAGUUCAUUUUAAUCUGACACAUAAUUUUCUGUCACUGAAAAGCACAGACACACUCAAGAGUACACUUUGUGUACCUGCCUGACUAUUAUGGGAUGUCAGAAAGGCCACCCACACUGUCUUGCAAUCACACGACCUUUGACAGGACGUGAAAAAAAUAAAAAUUAAAAAUCUGCUCACGGGCGCACACACUUCUGUUUGUUCUCUUUGAAAAUCUUUUCCUUCCUGUCGGGAGCGCACGCAAAAUAAAAGUCAUCGAACCAGACGAGGUGACGUCGUUAACACACGCACACAAGUGCA